AUAUUAUUCUUUCACAAAAAGAAAAUUCAUUUCUUCUUUCCUCAAUAACCCUAUAAAAACCCCUCCAUCUCUCCUUUUUUUUCCACCACUAAUCCCUCAAAAUUCUUGUAAAGAAAAACCAAAAACCAAAAAGCAAGAAAGCCUAAUGGCGUCUAAAGCGACAACCUCUCUUGCUUUCCUUCUUUCUCUCAAUCUCCUUUUCUUCACUCUUGUCUCAGCUUGUAACAAUUGCUAUAUCCCUGACCCACCCAAACCCAAGCCAUGCCCUCCAACCAAGCCAACCCCAAAGCCAAGCCCUUCAUCUGGCUAUGGAAAAUGCCCUAGGGACACCCUUAAACUCGGUGUCUGCGCCAAACUGCUCGGUGGCCUUCUCGACAUUACGAUUGGCAAGCCCCCAGUGACCCCUUGCUGUAGUUUGAUCGAAGGUCUUGCUGAUCUUGAAGCUGCUGUUUGCCUUUGCACUGCCAUUAAGGCUGACAUUUUGGGUAUCAACCUUAAUGUUCCUCUCUCCCUUAGCUUGCUCCUUAAUGUUUGCCAAAAGAAUGUUCCUAAGGGAUUCCAGUGUUGAGUCUAAUUUUUUCUUUAAAAAAAAAAAAGAUACUAGAAGUCGAGGAAUCAGUGGUGAGUCUAAUUAAUCAGUAUCUUUUGUAUUUUAUAUAAUAUGUUGUUAAGUGUGUUUUGAUGUGGGUUUGUUUUAGAAUUUUUAUUUGCAAAUUCUUGGUUUGUUUUAUUUGCUUCGUAUGGGUUAUUUUUCCUUUUGAGUUGGAAAGUUUUAAUAAGUUUACCUAUUUGGUAAAUUUAUGAUAAUUGAUUACUGUAAUUUUGAAUAUUGGAAAUGAAAAAUUCUAUCCUUUCCCCUUAUAUUAUUAA